GAUUCUUCUCUAUUUCGUUUCAUCUUCUUCACUGGUUAUUCAUCUACACACACUGAAGGAGGAGGAGGAAGAAGAAGAAGCAGAAGGGCAAAAAGACAACUACGAGAGAAGCUCGUGUUCUUCUCUCCUUAACCUUUGAAAAUCUCUGGGAUAUGUAAAGCUUGGCAAAAAGCAGAAUGGGCAACGACAUAUUUGAUGGGCAGAUAUUAGCAGAGAAGUUGUUGAAACUCAACAAUUCGCAACAAAGCAUUGAAUGUAUCCAGUCUUCUAUUUCUAUUCCUAAGACCACAGCGUUAUCCCGUUUGUGUAUUUCUCACCGGAAGAGAGCAAAAGAAAUAGUUGAAACGUGGGAUAAAUUAUUCAGCUCUUCCCAGAAAGAGCAGCGUAUCUCUUUUCUAUACUUGGCUAAUGACAUCUUGCAAAAUAGUAGGCGGAAGGGAAGUGAAUUUGUUAAUGAAUUCUGGAAAGUUCUUCCAGAUGCUCUCAGGCGUGUUUAUGAAAGUGAUGAAAAUGGAAAGAAAUCAGUAACCAGACUUGUUGACAUAUGGGAGGAGAGGAAGGUUUUUGGUUCACGGGGUCAGAGUCUUAAGGAUGAAAUGAUGGGUAAGAAUCCCCUUCCAUCAUCUACAAGCAAUGGAAAGAGUUCAAAUCCUAUCAAGAUAGUGAAGAGGGAUGCCCACUCAGUGAGAUUAAAACUGGCUGUUGGGUGUCUGCCAGAAAAAAUACUGACAGCAUUGCAUUCUGUUCUUGAUGAACAUCUUAAUGAGGAAGCUACCCUAAACAGUUGUAAUGCUGCUAUAUGUCAAGUGGGUAAACUUGUAGAAGAUGUUGAUUAUAUAUUGGCUCAAGGAAAUCAGCUGGGAUCCACAUUGGUGAAUGACUUGCAAGAGCAGGAAAAGGAGCUUAAGCAAUAUAUGAUGCAACUUGAAAAUGCUGAGGCUGCCCGGGGUACUUUGCUUUCCCAGCUUAGAGACGCAUUGCAGGAACAGGAAUCAAGGCAAGAACUUGUUCAUACCCAAUUGCUAGCUGCACGAGGCCAGAUUGAGCAAGCAGCCAGUAUCAUGAAGAGGCUUAACCAAGCACCAGAAGCCACGAGGGUGUUGGAACAAAAUCUUCCAUCAGUUCAACUAAACAACACCCCUCCUCAGCCUUCUUUCACCCAACCUUCUAUAUCUUAUGCUCCGCUCCAAACUACUGAAGAAGAUAAGAAGGCAGCAGCAGCUGCUGUUGCUGCUAAGCUUGCUGCCUCUACAUCCUCUGCCUUCAUGCUUACAUCUGUUCUUUCUUCCCUCGUUGCUGAAGAAGCUGCUGCCUCCAUGAAUGGCAGCUUGAAUUCUACUGGAUUUACUUCAGGAUUACCUCCUGGUUUCAAUCCAGAGAAAAGGCCCAGGCUUGAAAAACAAAUGCCUGUUUCUGAUGUUAAUGGUUCUGAUACAGGAAGCUCUUCUUUUUUCGCCACAUCACAGCAACCAUCAGUGGCAAAUUUGCCACUGACAACAUCAACCAGCUUGCAACCCAUAUCACAACCCAAUCAAUUACAAGCUCCAUUUCCUUCAGUGCCCCCACCUCCUCCUCAUUCCCCGGCAAAUCCACCAGCAAAUCAAUAUGUCCAACCUACUGGCUUGAUGGUUGGGGGAAUUCCUUAUGGAUAUGGAUCAAACAACCUACCACCUCCACCUCCUUUGCCUCCAUAUGUGGCAAUGGGGUUAUCAAGGCCAAGCACUCAACCAUCACAAUCACAGCAGUCACAGGCUCAGCAGGCACAGCAGCAACAGCAGUCAUCGACUGGAGGAUUUUACAGGCCACCAGGCAUAGGGUUUUAUGGGCAAAACCAUCCAUCAACACCACCAGCGCCAGUACCUAGACAGUGAGCAUUGUUCAAAGACCAACAGCUAAGAUUGCUGCAAGCUUUGUAUCAAGUUCCUUUGAGAAAUUUCUGUACGCUGAGGAUUUUCCUGGAGGCUGUGUAACAAUGUAAAUUAUUAGAAAAUUAGAUGUUGCAAGAAUUCUGUAACAUUACACACCCCCCCCCCCCCCCCC